AUGUGCCAAAUCUCUCAUCAGUCGCAGCGCCUCUCACCGGAAUUACUGCAUAAAGACAGAAAAUGGCAUUGGUCAGUAGAGUGUGAAAGAGCUUUUUCCGAGAUUAAAAGAAUGCUGACCACUGAAACAGGAGUAUUAGUGCACUAUGAUUUGAGUAAACCUGUGACGUUGGCAGUAGAUGCAUCACCCAAAGGACUUGGAGCAGUGCUUUCCCAUAUCACCAGUAAUGGAGAAAGACCAAUUGCUUAUGCAUCAAGAAUGUUAACACCCACUGAACGUAACUAUUCCCAAAUUGAGCGUGAGGAAGGGCAGUUCCAGUCCUUGACCAGCUGCAAGAUACAACGCUGGGCUAUACAGUUAGCAGCUUAUGAUUAUGACAUUGAAUUACGUCGUUCAAGUGACAAUGGAAAUGCUGAUGCACUCUCACGGUUGCCUUUACCAGAUUGUGACUCCGAUGCAUCAGAUAAGCUUGUAAACUGGACACAAGAAGCAACUGCAUUUAACAUGCACCAGGUGAACUCUCUUCCUGUAACUGCAAAAUCUGUUGCAAGGGAAACUUUGCAUGAUGCUGUACUGGCUAGAGCUUUACAUUAUACAAGAAAUGGAUGGCCAGACUCUGAGGACGCAGCACAGGAACUGAAACCCUUCCAUAGCCGUCAGCGUGAGUUUUCAAUUGAAGAGGGAUGUCUUCUAUGGGGUGCCAGGGCGGUAAUACUGUCGAGAUAUAGGAUUCAAAUCUUAGAAGAGCUACAUGAUGGUCAUCCGGGGAUUGUUAGGAUGAGAGGAUUAGCUCGCUUGUAUGUGUGGUGGCCGAAUAUCGAUCAAGAUAUUGAAAACACUGUGCAAGGGUGCUCUGCUUGUCAGGCUACUCAGCCAAUGCCGACUCAUGCUGAGGGUAAUCCGUGGAAAUGGCCUUCUGGUCCGUGGAAAAUAGUACAUGCUGAUUUCGCAGGCCCAUUCCUGGGCAUCAUACCUCAUUAUGAUUGA